AUGGUGCCGAGCAGGGUGUCUACACUGUCCUUGCUGUUGGUGUGCGCGCUCGUACCGGCCGGUCUCGCACAGCCACACACAGCAAGCGUGUCGUUCGAUCGUCAGCACCAACCGCGCCGCUUCGACCUUCGUAACCAGCUGCACUCGAUCAACCGGGUACCGUUCAGUGGUGUGCGCAGUGCGAGGGAUUCUUCCCCCUACCGGCUACCGAACGGGACAAUGCCGGAAAGUUACACGCUCGAGCUGAGCUCCAACAUACACACGCAGGACUUCAGCUACACCGGGACGGUCGGGAUACGUGUGCGCGUGCUGCAACCGACCCGAACCAUCGUGCUGCAUACGCUGCGCAGUCGGUUGGUGAGUGUUGAGGUUAGGAACUCCAACCAGCUGAAUGUGCCGAUCGUCGGCACCGUGGAGGACGCCGAGCUUGAAACGCUCACGAUCGGCUUGGGUGUGGAGUUGCUUCCGGGCGUUUAUCAGCUGACGAUCGCGUUCGAAAAUACGCUGCGCAGUGAUGUGAGUGGAUUUUACUGGACAUCGGUGAACGGUGGUAACGAGGUGCGAUAUGCCGCCGUUACGCAGUUCCAACCGGUCGAUGCGCGCACGGCUUUUCCGUGCUUCGAUGAGCCAGGCAUUCGGGCGACGUUCACCAUAACGAUCAACAGUGGCGUCGGGAUGAAGGUGUACUCGAACAUGCCGGUACAAUCCGUUACCAUUACCGGAAAUGGGCUGAAGCAAACGCGCUUCCGUACGACACCGAGCAUGCCGACGUAUCUCGUGGCGUUCGCCAUUACGGACGACUUCGCGAGCACACGGCUGUCGUUGAAGGCACCACCGUCCAGCAUCGGCAUGGAGUUGAUAGCGCCCCCGACGGUGACGGACAGUGCGCAAACGUACGGGCUGGACCUGGGUGGCGUCGUGAUACGGGCGGUCGAACAGUACUUCAACCAGACGUACGAUCUGCCCAAGCUGGACCAGCUGGCCGUGCCGGGUUUGUACUUUUCCGCGAUGGAAAACUGGGGCCUGGUCAUCUACGAGGAGCGGUACCUGCUGUACGAUGAGCAAACGGGGACGAACCGCGAUAAAGAGAACGUCAUCGCGACGAUUGUGCACGAGUUUGUGCAUCAAUUCUUGGGCAAUCUGCUAACGCCCCACUGGUGGUCGGAUUUGUCGCUGAGCGAAGGUUUUGCCACCUUUUACGAGUACUACCUCAGCAGCAUGGUGGAGCCAAGCAUUAGAUUCAGGGAAAAAUUCACCAUCGAGGCACUGCAAACGGCACUGCUGCUGGACUGUGACAUUAACGUAAGGCCGAUUUCGUUCGAUGUGGAAAAACCGGUCGAUAUUGCGCGGAUGUUCGACAUCAUUGCCUAUCAGAAAGGUGGCAGCGUAUUCCGGAUGUUCCACUACGCGCUCGGUGAGCGAACGUUCCUGAAGGGCAUGCGUCGUUACAUCAGCACUAACAAAGGCCGUUCGGUCACACCGGAUGAUCUGUUCGAGAGUUUGCAGCAGGCGGUGGCGGAGGAUGCCAUGCUACCACUCAGUCUCGACGUCGCUACGGUCAUGAGACCCUGGAUCUAUCAGUCUGGCUACCCGUUGGUCACGGUGCUGCACCAAGACGGCGAGCUGAUCUUCACGCAGGAACACUUCCUGUAUCCCGAUUCGUCGAUCACCAGCAACCGGACGUGGUGGAUCCCGAUCGCGUACGACAUCGGCUCCGGUGGAACGCAACAGUUUUGGAUGCCUCACGGAACGUCGCAGGUUUCGCUGCCGGCAGACGAUUUGCUGGACGGAGAGUUCCUGUUGGUGAACCCCCAGCAGACCGGCUACUAUCGCGUCAACUACGACGAGGAUCUCUGGAUGCGUUUGAUCGCGCAGCUUACCGCUGACCCAUCGGUCGUGUCACCCAUCUCGCGCGGACAGUUGUUGGACGAUUGCUUCAAGCUGUACUACGGUGGACGAGUAGGAGCCAGCAUUGUGUACAGCUUGCUGUCGUACACUGGUGGCGAGACGGAUGUGAUACCGUGGACGGUGGCAUUCGCCAACGAUAAUCUUGGCGUGUUGCGGGACGCUUUGAUUGUGGACAGCUCAGCCUACGAUGCGUUCUCUCGUGUCGUAGCGCUGCUUACGGCGAAUGUCUUCAGUGCGGUAGGCUUCGAUGCAUCGCCGGCUGAUCCGCACGAAACACAACAGCUGCGCCGCGCCGUCAUAGAGUGGAGUUGUCGGGCGGGAUCGACCGAUUGCCGCACGGAAGCGUUAUCGCGGAUGUUGAAUGAUUUGAGCGGAUCGGUACUGUUGCCUGCGUACAUUAAGGAUAGCGUUUACUGUGGUGGUGCAACCAUCGCCAGCCCGGCCCAGCUAGAGACCGUGUGGCUACGGCUGCAGACGGUUAGCGAUGUUGGCGAACGGUUAAACAUCCUACAAACGUUGGCUUGUUCGGAGAGUGCCGAGUUUUUGGACGAGUUCCUUGAUUCCAUCUUCACCAACGAGAACCCGGGCGAGUGGGAAUUCAUCCUGUCCGCGGUUUAUCGCAACUCAGCCAUUGGGUACGAAGCGUUCGAUCGGUGGCUGUCGCGCAAUGCACUGCAAAUUCUUCAAAGCAUCGGUAUGGACCCAUCGUUCCUUAAUAUUGUGUCGGACAUUAAUCAGCGGAAGGCGAACGUUCCAAAGUAUGACGAGUUGGUGCAACUGUUCAAGAACUCACUGCUGACGCGUUAA